AUGGGCGACGAGUUGCGAGUGGCUGCUGAUCGCGGCUGUGGCGUGGUUUUUGGUGGAGUGACGUGCGUUUCAGGGCACCAGAACGGGCUUCUCGAAACACCGGAACGCUGGGCGGAGAUUUUUGCAGAGAAACAUCUCGGGGGAGCAGGAAACGAUCUCGUUGGGGGCUGCGGCACAGUGACGAUGGGGGAAACAUGUCCCGCGCUCGCACAACCGCACUCCGUUCUUUGGACUGCAGCCCUUGGUCUUGAGGGCAGAUGUCACUACAUAUCAGUCAGUGGCAGUCGGUCUACACGCUCAUACACAGCGGAGACAGUGCGAGCCACAGACAGCCGCGGGUGGCACUUCACGAGUUUGAGCAGCAGCAGCCGCAGGAACAGCGUCGUCGGCGUGCCCCGCCAAGUGGGUAGCGAAUCAGAUCCAGGCACGCGAAGAGCACACCCCCUGGGCAGCACAGGGGCUGCCGACAGCACUCCUCCACUCAACCACCACUCAGACAGCCUCGACCAAACUCCGCGUCAGCCGCAUCCACAGUCCUCGCGGUCUCUCAAGUUUCUCAACCCCCUUGCACUGUUGCAGGCACCUGAGAACGAGCUACUGCUGCGCUAGUCGCAUUCAACCUCCGGCAGCUCCCUUUCCUUGCAGUCUCCCCCCGCGACUCGUUGCUCUGCUUGUGCUCUCUUUGGCUGUACCUGGCCCUCGCCCGUCAAACAUCGAAUCAGACAUCCCACAUCAGGGGCACAGACGGCGCCAUGAAGCUUCCAAACCCCAGGGCAUUGUCUCCGUGCACUAACAUGCCUGGAUCAGGCUUGCCUGCAUUGAGUUCGGCUCCCCACCAUCAUGCCACACCCUGUGUCUGGCUCUGGGGCCUGCAUGUUUGGGCUUGGCAGAGGAGAUCCCUAUAGAAGGAAGCCAAGACUUCAUGCGCAAACAUUCGUGUGUCUGCUUAGUUACGCCCUCUCCCAUGUUCAGUUUCCUUUUAAACUAUAUUCUCUUUUCAAGUUCUUGUGACUUUGUGUCUACUCUAUUGUUUUCCUUACCAAAAGUUUCUGGGGCGGGCAUCCAUCUGAUUCCAUACU